UACAGGAACCUGUAAUUAAACUCAGUUGGUACAUUUGAUUCUAACCACACUUUUCCUCCAAUUAUCGCAAAUCUCAAAAACGAUGUUAAGUCGGUGUACCACCAAUUUGCGUUCCACGUUCAAUCUCCUCAUUUUUAAUUUUCCCAAAAAUCAGUUUAAAUUCUCACCUAACCUUACUUUUUCCAAGUCACGUUUUUUCCAUUUAUGGCCCCCAAACCAGGCGAAACUUUUUAUCGACACUGAAAACGCCUAUGCUUACACUAUUCUACCCCCAAUUCCCAAAUUCACUCCUUGUUUCAACCCCCCAAAACGUGUAGAAACCCCCGAACAAUUCCUCGAAGUGUUAAACCAAAAUUGGCGAGAAUCUUGUGCUAGUGAUAUUGUAGAGGCAUUUGAACGUGUUAAAGACUAUUGUGUGGGGAAUAAUAUCGAUUUGAGUGACCCUCGAUUUGAUAAACUCGUUGACGGAUUAAUGGAUCAUUGUGAAAAAUUAACCGAUGAAGAGCUCUUAAGACUUCUCAUUUUAUUAACACAGUACCCCCAGUGUGACUCUAGCACAACGCAUAACUACCACGAUGUGUGGAGCUGUCUUGACGAUGUUUGUUGUUGGAAAAUGGCAAAUUGGAAUUUUCAAAAACUCUUCACUUUUGCUGAAAUUUGGUACAGGUUGAAUUUGGGACGCUUAUCUGACUUUAUUUUCGAAGUGAUUGAUAAAUCUGUGAGAAAAUCGCACCGAUUACCCAAGGAGUUUUUAGUCUAUAUUUGUUUUUAUUUAAACGUGGCACGAAAAAAAGAAGUACCAUUUGAUUUUGAACACACUUUAGCCACAAAAAUUGGGGAAUUUAAUGUUGAAGAGUUGACAAUAGUGGCAAUGGCUUAUUUCAAAUCAAAAAGUAAAGUCAAACUUAAACCAAUCCUGGAUGCUAUGAUAAGAGCGGUAAAUUCAAAUUGUGAUACUAUUAAUGAAAUAAGUUUGACAGCAAUUUUGAAGACGAUCCGUUUGAGUCAACAUGUUCAAACAGCCGAUGAAAUUCCCCCAUUGUUGGACAAUUUACUCCCACAAAUCCCUAGAUUAUCAAAGUUUGCAACACUGCAUAUAGCUCUUUUGGGGACAAGUCUUCAAAUCAAACACGAAAAGUCCCUAAUGUCUUGUACACAAGCUAUACUCGACGACAUUGAAAAUGUCCGAUUGAAAGACCUCGAACGCAUCCUUUUAGUCUGUUCCAUGUUCAACAUUGAUACAAAACCGUGCAUUUUUAAUUCGGUUUUAACCGAAUUAAAAAAAGAGCAUCGAGAGAAAGAAAUGAUACAAUAUCGCCGAAGCCUUGGCAGCACUUUACACUACCUCACUUUUCGUCAAAUCUAUCCAUUUGAAUUAAUAAACAAAGUUUUAGACGACGAGUAUAUAAGCGAGGUUUAUGGCAAGUCAAUAAGAAAUCUACCACGAGAAUUAUUUUCCCUCGAUUGUAGCCUUGAAAUUGAAUGUCAAAAUUACUCAGGAAAUCGCCUUGAUCCGUCUAAAAAAUUCAAAUCUGUUAAAUGGUUAACUGAAUAUACCCCAAGUCACACCCAACAUAAACGUCUCACUUUGUCUGAUAAACUUUAUCUAGAAGUCGCCCAAUAUAUCACAAGCGUGGUUGGCCAGGACUGUAUACGUCACUAUCACGUGUUACCUCAUUUCAGUAAAUCAGAUAUUAUAGUUUGUCGGGAUAUGAGUGGAAAUUUUGUGGAACCAAAACUGGACCAGUAUGUCCUUGGGGACAUUAUGAGGCCUUGUGGUGAUUUUGAUUGGUUUGCUUUUAUUGUCAUGACACCAAAUUUGACAGUUAGAGGCCGGAAUGAGCCUUUAGGAAGUAUGGUUAUGAAGGCGAGACAGUUGAGGAGCAUUGGAUUUAGACCAAUUUUUGUUUAUUCGAACGAGUUUAGGGAAUUGGGGACGGAGAAUGAGAAAAUGGAGUUUGUUAAAACGUUGCUAAACGUGAAUAUUUAGACUAGUCGAUUUGUAUUGAACUAAAUUUGAAUAAAAAUGCGAAUAAAACCGUUUUUUUUAUUGACAG